AUGACUUCCAAGAGCAUCUUCGCCAAACUAUGUGUCCCCGAUGAUUACACCCCCGUUCCAAGAUUGACGAAGAAUCCCCAGAAGGCUGACAACAAGCUGGUUCGUCUCACUGCAGAACAAUACAAGGAUGAGGUGGCGUACUGUGAGGCCAAGAUGGAUGAGAUGAUGAUGAAGGGCUGGGACUGGCGUGGUGAUGCCAACAAGAAACUUCUCGCGAUCAACAAGAAAAGGAAGGCGACUGGAUACCAGCCUUUGCGAGCAUUCAUCUUUCCGUCUGACAUGACUGGAGCCCACUAUGUUCGGUAUUUGCUCCCAGAUGGCACUCGCUUGAUGAUACCCCAUGAAAAUGACUUCAUUGACAUGUUCAUCUUUGAGCAUCUCCUCCAGUUCAAGCUCCUUUUCCCUGAUCCAUGGACCGAAGCUGCCAAGACGACCGAGUUCUGCCAGAUUUGGGAAUACGACGAGGAUGCAUACAUCAUGCAAUACCAUCGGUGGCUGAGCGAUGUGGACCUGGAGACAGAGCUUGUCGAUGGAGACAGUGACCGCGAGGAUGAGACAAACAUGGGAGGCAUUGCACUCAAGGGUAUCGAGAACUUCAUUGACAGCUUACCUUCUGACGAUGAUGUGGACGUCUCUUCCGUUUCCAAACUGGAUCUUUUCGAUGACUCGGUUGCCAGUAAAGAAACCAGUGUUCUAACUGUGGCAACUACUGGAUCUCCAGCUUCUGGUUCUGGCACCAGUGACUGUGAGAUCGACAGCAUCCACAAACGUCCCUUCAAGUGGGGCAUUAUGACUCAGGUGGAUAGCCACCCAAACAAGACUGCAGAGGAAGAAGACACCAAGCCCCCGGCAUCGGCAGAGAAGGUCAACUCGAAGCACGAAGAUGAAGAAUCAAACAAAAAGACUGAAGCCACGGACGAAUCCACGGAAGAAGACUCCAAGAGCAACCCAGAAUCCACCAACGAAGACUCCAGCAACAGCGGUGACACCAAUGAAGACGAUUCACUCGAGAGUCCUGCAAAGAAGCAAAAGACCAACAAGUCAGAUGAUGAGGAUUCUACUGUCAAGGGCGAAGAUAACAGCGAUGACGACAGCAGCAAGAAGGAUAACGAUGACAGUAGCAGCAGCGAGCAAGAUGAUAUCCCAAGCGGUAUUGAGAUCUUGUCCACUGGAAGCUUCUCCUAUUAG